UCAGUGACAGCAUCAUCAGCACCAGCAGCAGCGGCAGCAUCAGUCCCCGCGAUGGAUUGUGUUCUGUGCAACACUUUGUGUGCGCGGAGAUGGAGGCCGUGAAGGCAGAUAGAUAACAAUUAGGAUAGCAUAUUAAACUCCAAUACCCGUGCUUGUGAUUUAAACCGUGAUUUCAAUCUAUCAGGAAAGUUGAUUUCGGGCACUUUUAUGAUUCCGCGUCGCAUUGCUACCGCUGGGCACUUCAACAGGGCAUCAGCUGUGCUCAUCUCCGCGACAUAUUUCUGACUAUUCUAAGUGGCAGCUAUUAGACCUGACUGAUGACACUCUGUUAUCGGGAUUUCGUUUCCCUUUUGCGCCCGGACCCCAACCAAGCCUCAUAUUCUGAUUCGGCAGAGUAUGUCUUUGGAGGAUAAGCGUGGCAGCAAGGGCUUAUCAUUCACUCCGAUGGGGAUAGAGGAUAAUAACAUGAGGAACGGCAGAGGCCUGUCGGACCAAUGGGCUGAUAGCAUGGUGGUUCGGCCCCGGACCACGGAGCGAAGCAUCACCGUCCACAAGAAACUGGUCCUGGGGUUCGCCAUCUCCAUCCUCACCCUCAUCGUCGUCACGGCCAUCGCGGUUCUCCUCAGCGUCCGGUUCGAGGAGUGCGCGGGGGAGAGCAGCUCACGAGGGGGCAAUGGCUCUAACGCCAAGUUCAACGGGUCACGGGAUGGGAACGGGAACCACAAAGAUGAAGAAGCCCAGCCGUGGAGACACCUCCGGUUACCGACAUCUCUCCGGCCCCGGCACUACGACCUGCGUCUCUCAGUGUACAUGGAUAACUUUACUUUCUCCGGGGAAGUGAACAUUGAAUUCGAGUGUGUGAACUCUACCAAAUUCAUAGUGCUUCACACCGACCGCCUCGAGGUGGAGAAAGUGGCGGUUUACUCGGAUAAUAAAAAACCCGGUGUCAUGAGAAUCCACCGCCAAUUCCAUUACCCGGGAAACCAGGUUUAUGUGAUCGCUUUGCACAGGGAACUGAAGCCCAUGAGGACGUAUAAAGUAAACAUUACUUUCGACGCUCAAAUAGAAAGUGAACUCCUGGGAUUUUUCCGCAGCUCAUAUAUGCUGCAGGGAGAGAGAAGGUACAUGGCGGUGACACAGUUCUCCCCCACCCACGCCAGAAAGGCCUUUCCGUGUUUUGAUGAGCCCAUCUACAAGGCCACGUUCCGGGUCAGCCUGGGACACGAUGCGUCCUACCUCUCUCUCUCCAACAUGCCUGUAGAGGCCUCCAUCUCUGAUGAUGAUGGCUGGGUGACCAACCACUUCUCCAGGACUCCUCGUAUGUCCACCUACUACCUGGCCUGGGCCGUCUGUAACUUUACCUACAGAGAGGUGACCACUGACAGUGGAGUGGUGAUCCGGCUGUAUGCCAGGCCCAACGCCAUCCAGAGCGGAGCGGGUGACUACGCUCUCCACAUCACAAAGAGACUCCUCCAGUUCUAUGAGGAUUACUUCAAAGUCAAAUACUCCCUGCCCAAAUUAGACCUGCUGGCUGUGCCCAAGCACCCCUACGCUGCCAUGGAGAACUGGGGUCUGAGUGUGUUUGUAGAGCAGAAGAUCCUACUGGACCCAGAGGUCUCAUCCUUCUCCUACCAGAUGGAGCUAACCAUGGUGGUGGUUCAUGAGAUCUGCCAUCAGUGGUUUGGUGACCUGGUAACCCCCGUGUGGUGGGAGGAUGUCUGGCUGAAGGAAGGCUUCGCUCACUUCUUUGAGUACGUUGGAACGGACUUCCUCUUCCCCAAAUGGAACAUGGAGAAGCAGCGUUUCCUGACUGAUGUUCUCCAUGAGGUGAUGCUGCUGGACGGUCUGGCCAGCUCCCAUCCUAUCUCUCAGGAGGUGUACGACGCCACGGACAUAGACAGAGUGUUCGACUGGAUCGCAUACAAGAAG